AGCAUCAAGAGGAUGUGAGAUUCAGCCGCAUCUCUUCCGCCCAUCCCCUCCUGCCAGCUGCCGCUGUCAGUAGCCGGGCUGUAGUGGUGAUGCUGCUCCCUGGUGUGUAGAGGAGGAGAGAGAGCGUGUCCGCUGCCCAAUGACAGCGCAGGUUGCUGAGAGACGCUGCUGGGGUGAAUGGAGGCGACAAGAUGCCGUCUAGAUUGGCGAAGAAAGAAAGGAAUUAACAUCGAUCAAGAUCUGACUUUGAUGUGCACAACCUUUUAAAGCAUGAAAUAAAUCACCCAUGUACGGUUCAGAGAGUCAGAGCAGCCUCAUUUCAGCGCCCUCCCGUUAAGGACCCUCUGGUGGCUCCACCGCUGACUCACAGGACAUGUACGGCAGUGCCAGAGCUGUAGGCCAUAUAGAGAGCAGCCCCGCACGGUCCCCGCGCCUGCCAAGGUCCCCCAGAUUGGGCCAUCGGAGGGCCAACAGCGGGGGUGGGGGCGGUGCGGGGGGCAAGACGCUCUCCAUGGAGAACAUCCAGUCCCUCAACGCUGCUUACGCCACCUCAGGUCCCAUGUACCUGAGUGACCAUGAGGGCGUGGGCUCCACUGCCACCUACCCAAAAGGCACUAUGACUCUGGGUCGCGCCACCAGCCGGGCCAUGUAUGGGGGGCGCGUCACAGCCAUGGGGAGCAGUCCCAACAUUGCUUCAGUGGGGCUGCCUCACCAUGCUGACCUGCUGUCUUACAGUGACCUGGGCUCCCUCUCCAUGCUGCACCACCAUCACCACCACCAGGGGGUGCCCUCUGCCCUGCUGAGGCAGGCGGUGCGGGGCAGUGGGGGGGAGCUGCUGGAGAUGCAGGCCCAGCUCAGGGACACGCAGAGGGAGAAUGAUUUGCUGCGCAGAGAGCUUGACCUGAAGGACAGUAAGUUGGGGUCUUCCACCAACAGCAUCAAGAGCUUCUGGAGCCCUGAGCUGAAGAAAGAGAGAAUCAUGAGGAAAGAGGAGGCCGCCCGCACUUCCAUCCUGAAGGAGCAGAUGAGAGUCACUCAUGAGGAGAACCAGCUGCUGGAGUCAAGGAGAACUAAGCAUCUCCAGAUGACCAUCCAGGCUCUGCAAGAUGAGCUGCGGACACAGCGAGACCUGAACCACCUGCUGCAGCAGGAGAGCGGUAACCGCUCUGCCUCUGACCACUUUACCACCAUUGAGCUGACAGAGGAGAACUUCCGUCGGCUGCAGGCCGAGCAUGACAGACAGGCCAAGGAGCUGUUCCUGCUCAGAAAGACCCUGGAGGAGAUGGAGCUGAGGAUCGAGACCCAGAAGCAGACGCUGGGUGCCAGGGACGAGUCCAUCAAGAAGCUGCUGGAGAUGCUGCAGAGCAAAGGGCUUACCUCUGGCAGAGUGUCGGAGGAGGAGGAACAGGAGAGAGCGAGGCGCAUUGCUGAGGCAGAGGCUCAGCUUGGACACCUGGAGGUCAUCCUGGAUCAGAAGGAGAAGGAGAACAUCCAUCUGCGAGAGGAACUGCACAGAAGAAAUCAGCUACAUCAGGAUCCAGGCAAAACCAAGGCCCUGCAGACCAUCAUAGAGAUGAAAGACACCAAAAUUGCCUCUCUGGAGCGCAACAUUCGGGAUCUGGAGGAUGAGAUCCAAAUGCUGAAGGCGAAUGGAUUACUGAACACAGAGGACAGAGAGGAAGAAAUCAAACAGAUGGAGGUCUACAAGAACCACUCUAAGUUUAUGAAGACCAAGAUUGACCAGCUAAAGCAGGAGCUGUCCAAAAAGGAGUCAGAACUGCUGGCUCUGCAGACAAAACUAGAAACCCUCAACAACCAGAACUCCGACUGCAAACAGCACAUCGAGGUGCUCAAAGAGUCUCUCACUGCCAAAGAACAACGUGCUGCCAUUCUGCAAACAGAGGUUGAUGCUCUGCGUCUGCGUCUGGAGGAGAAGGAGUCCUUUCUGAACAAGAAAACCAAGCAGCUGCAGGACCUGACAGAAGAGAAGGGCACUCUCGCUGGAGAAAUAAGGGACAUGAAGGACAUGUUGGAGGUCAAAGAAAGGAAGAUCAACGUCCUGCAGAAGAAGAUUGAGAACCUGCAGGAGCAGCUGCGGGACAAAGACAAGCAGCUGGGAAACCUGAAGGACAGGGUUAAGUCUCUGCAGACCGACUCCAGUAACACAGACACUGCCCUGGCCACCCUGGAGGAGGCGCUGUCAGAGAAGGAGAGGAUUAUUGAGCGUUUAAAGGACCAAAGAGAGAGGGAAGACAGAGAACGUCUAGAAGAAGUGGACUCGUAUAAAAAGGAAAACAAGGAUCUGAAGGAGAAGGUCAACAGCCUGCAGAUAGAGUUAACUGAUAAAGAGUCGAGUCUCAUCGAUUUGAAGGAACAUGCUUCAUCUCUGGCGUCUUCUGGCCUGAAGAAAGAUUCAAAGCUGAAGUCGCUGGAGAUCGCCAUCGAGCAGAAAAAAGAGGAGUGUAGUAAGUUGGAGACGCAGUUGCAGAAGCAAGCUGAGCAGCUUUUCAGUCACAUGAACAAUCCUAAAGCCCACGAGGUGGAUCAUCAAUCGGGCUCCAGAGGAAACCCGGAGUACGUGGACCGAGUGAAGCUGCUGGAGAAGGAGGUGAGCUACUACAAGGACGAGGCUAACAAGGCUCAGACGGAGACGGAGAGACUCCUGGACAUCCUGCGAGAGGUGGAGACGGAAAAGAAUGAUAAGGACAAGAAGAUCGCUGAGUUGGAAAGCCCCCCUCCCUCUCUCCCUCGCCCUACCCCUCGUCCCGGUGGCAGAGCUCCCCCUGACCCGCUCCCUUCUGUGUCCGCUGCUCCUCAGCAGAUAGGGGGCAUGGUGUGGGAUUUCCUGGGAAAACAAGGAGGCAAAGACCUGACAAAGAAGGGGCCAAACAUCAAACUGGGACCACAAGGGGACAAGAAAGGUUUAGGACAAGACCUUCGUAAGGAUGGCACCAUGGAUGGUGGCCACCACUCAAAGUUGGAGGAGCUGAUGAGCACUCUGGAGAGGACGAGGCAGGAGCUGGAUUCCACCAAGCAGCGUCUCUCCUCCACACAGCAGUCGCUGCAGGAGAGGGACACACACCUCACCAACAUGAGACAAGAUCGCAGGAAACAGCUGGAGGAGAUCUUAGAAAUGAAGCAACAAGCUCUGCUGGCAGCCAUCAGUGAGAAAGACGCUAAUAUUGCACUACUGGAACUUUCUGCCUCCAAUAAAAAGAAGACCCAGGAUGAAGUGCUGUCCCUCAAGAGGGAGCGGGACAAACUGAUGCACCAGCUCAAACAGCACCUUCAAGUCAUGUCAGGUAUUCAAGGAGUCAAGUCUCAAACACAGAGUCGAAUGAAGCUGAUCGCAGACAACUAUGAAGACGAGCAGUAUCACCCACACGGUCCUCACCACCCACAGCCGCAGCCCGCCCACGCACAGCCUCAGCCCCAGCCCCAGUACCCCCAUGCUCCCCACGCCCAGCAGACUCCAUACUCACACACCAUGCAUCCACAACAUCAACAGCACCCACAGGCCCCCGCACAGCACCCGCACCCACAGCAGCCACAACCCCAGUACCCACACCCUGCCCACUCGCAGCACCCCCAGCAACACCCCCAGCAACACCCCCAGCAACACCCCCAGCAACAUCCCCAGCAACAUCCCCAGCAACAUCCUCAGCAACACCCCCAGCAACAUCCCCAACCACCUCCCCAGCACCAACAGCAUCAACAACAACAGCACCCACGUCCCCAACAGCCCCAGCACCCUCACCAGCAGCACCCACAGCAUCCUCAGCAGCACCCACAUGGACAUCCUCCACAGCAGCACCCUCACCCACAGCACCCACAUGGCCCUGCGCAACAAGGACCCCAUCCACAACAUCCACAUCCCCAGCAUCCUCAGCACCCACAGCACCCACACCAUGCCCAGCAUCCACGUCACCCGUCGCCCCAUCAUCGUGGAGGGCCUGCCAGAGGACCCCCGCACGCUGGUCACCGUCCCAACCAGGACCAGGAUGACGACGAGGGCAUUUGGGCAUAAUCCCAGCUGUGACAACCAAAGCUCUGAUGUUGUUUUGAGGGAUGAUUCAGUCACUACUGGAGGAGCACAGCAAUGCCAUGAUGUUGAAACACCACCCGACCAAACAUUUAUUACCUCCACCUAAUCAACACUCAGCUAUGGGACCUUUUUUUCCGAUGGGAGAGGAGGGGGCACUCAGGUG